CUGCCAGAUACAUUUAUAAUAGCUGCCGGGGCCCAGGUAUGCGGGUAGCUGUAAAACACAGCAUCGGAGAAGUUUACUUUAAAACCCGCCUGCUGAAGUUCUCUCGCUCAUAAAACUUGAUGAGUACCGCUCUAUAUAUCGACGCUGACAUUCAGGCAUCCAAGUACUGCAAUGUUGGAACAUUUGCUGUUUUAGUUUUUGAUUAUUGCAUUACUCUAGAAGCAGAGUCUCAGUGGGUCUGGCACAGGAAAUGGACGUUUGUGCGCUUUAUAUUCACCAUAUCCCGAUACUUGCCAUUUGUCGGCAUUGGGAUGACGUUCGCUGCUGCGCUCAGAACACAAUAUUAUCCUGGUGAAAGUUGUGUUGGGUAUGGAAUGGCGUCCAAUGCGUUACACAUUAUAUCCAUUGUAGCUGCAGAGGGAUUGUUAAUAAUGAGGAUUCAUGCUUCAUGGAACAGCAAGCGUCUUUUGAGAUCCUUACUGGUAUUUACCGUAAUAUGCGUGGUCAGCUCUUAUAUCCUUUCGGAAACUAGCCUAGUACAUAUCACAAUCCAGACUAAAUACCCCAACACAUUCAUAGCGGAUCCAGGAUCCUGCGAAUUCAUGGGUGGGAGAAAUUUUUCCUUUAACUAUGUUAUAUUGUUGUUCUAUGAACUGGUUCUCUUCUGCUUGAUGCUGUUCAUCAGGAUCACACGGUACAAGCAUACUGUCGGACGGCUCCAACGAACAUUUUUCAAGGAUACGAUGAAAUAUAUGAUUGGCAUCAUUUUCAUGUCGUCACUCAGUAUAUUCUUUGCUAUAUUUCCCCCGCCAACAUUGGGUUCUAUGACAGACUCUUCGCAGAUUGUUAUUCACAGUGUCCUAGCUUCUCGAAUACUGUUCAACCUACGAGAAAGUGAAGGGCGCUCGGGAACACAGCCUGAGGUGGACAUUUCCGAGAUUCAGUUCGAAGGAGGUCAGCUCUCGACAUUGAGAUUCGGGGAUCCUUGAAGAUUUUGUGUGUAGUGUAGGGCUGGCCCCAGUAUGUAUGCUUCCAUUGUUAAAUAUUUAGGGCUAC